AUGUCACCUCACGAGCAACAGCUGCAUGGAGAACGGCAACUGGGUCUAUUUGACUGGUUGUUCAAGAGCCCCACGGCAGAACCCGAUACGCCGGCACCUGCCUUCGGCUUCGGCAAAUACGACAAUCUUCUCUUCGGUGGACUGUUCUGA